GUCUUGCUGUGUGCACUCACUUUUGUCGCAGCAGUCAUAGCCAGUGAGCAGUUUGAAACCUGCGAGAGUGAGGAUUGUCCAGAACCGAGCGGGGGGCGAGAAUUCCGUACUGGCAUGGCGUGGAGGUCGAGCGGCUCGACAAACGCAGAACUCAUUUCCCAACUCGUUGCGAAUCGCGUGAUAGCAAGCAAGCGUGUGGAAGAAUUCAUGCGCUCCAUCGACAGAGGAGAAUUCCGCAAGGUCAAUCCGUAUAUGGAUGCUCCUCAGGGUAUUGGGUAUGCUGUAACGAUCAGUGCUCCUCACAUGCAUGCAUAUGCCCUGGAAUUGCUGCAAGAUCAUCUGGUUGAAGGAAAGUCGGCACUCGAUGUUGGAUCAAGCAGUGGAUACUUGACUGUAUUCAUGGCCAAAUGUUAUCAAAUAACACAAGACCAGAACUUCAGGAUAGACUUAAUGCAUCUACACUGAACAUUCCAGCAGCUCCUCCCAGUUUUCUUCAGGGUGUGCAUGAAAAUCAUUGUGCUCGUUGUGCAUUACAGUCAUCCACCGUGUCAACACAAACAGAAGAAAAGGUAUUAAAGAAAGUUAAGAUUCUUCAACAAAUUCAUGUAAGCCAACGUCAGGCACUUGUUGAAUUGAUGGCCAACCAAAGAAUGCAAAUAGAAGUUAUUGGCACAACAAAGGCUCGUGACUCAAUUGCAGCAUGAUUUAAGAAAUCAAGAACAAAGACAGCCUGAAACUGCAGAGAUGAUACAACAGACACUUGCAAUACAGCAAACAAUUCCUACACUAACACAAAUAUUGCGAGAGUUAUUCAUGAAGGAACAGCAAUCUCUUAAAGAUUAAGGAGCUGUUUGCUCAACAAAGCCAAGAAAUUAUGCAACUCAUCUGAGUUGUAGGCAACCGUAUUAUAGCAUAUGGGUGACACAUCUGUGUCAUGAAUACAAGAGGCCAAUAACUAUAUGACAUAGAAUUAUACCUACUGUUGUAUGUGGUAUUUUAGUAUAAAGAUUUUAGUUGUUGUUUUCUACAAUGCGGACUCAGAGAGGCUUCUCUUUGGUUUUGUAUAACAUGCUGUGACUGAAAAUUUGCAUAGAUUGAGGUUGAAAUUUGCAUAGACUGAGUUUGG